CUUCAGUGUAGUAAGCAUAAUUUUGACUUUGACAUAUUUUUUACGCGCAUGUCCUUGUUAAUCUCGUUUGUUCUCAUGAUUAUGAUACUCUCUUCUAACCUUUCGUUUUUUUUUAUAUUUUGCUGUGCUAUUGUGAAAAACGGAGAAGGGGUCUUUCAAAUAUACUUGCAUAUUAGGGAGGUUGUUUGUCUUCUCGAGACGUGUUUUUUUUUUUUUUCCUCUCUGUUAUUCAGGCUCUUUUGGUUUCUCCAUGAGAUACAUUCAUUCUAGUGCUGUGUACAAUGUCCUGUAUCUAGCCACAGAUUAUUAUUGUUUUUCAGUUUGUGCCCCAGUCAUGAAUCGUAGCGUUGCCUCUACCUCUGGCAAGUUUGAGUUUUGUCCUUCUAAAAUCCAUUCCCGUUUUCAUUUGUGGAG